AUGGCCGAAGAAAGGGGAAACACAGGUCCAGUGGCCGGACAUGAGGGAGAUCAAAAUGAAGAUGAUAAUAUCCAAGACAAAAGGAGAUGGACGGAUGAGGAAGAUGUUCAAUUGUGCAAGUCUUGGAAAAUUGUUGGGCAAGAUCCGGCUGUGGGCACAAAUCAGAAAAACAACGACUUAUGGAUGCGUGUGAGGCGACACUUUGUCGCAAAUUGGCCCCAGAGCCGAUCAGCUUCCUCUUUGCAAGGAAGGUGGAAAUUUUUGAAGGUUGAACUCUAUGAGUGGCAUUGUGCAUUAAGGAAUUUGGUUCGUUACAAUUCUGAUUUUGUUGAAGUGUUUGUGACUGAUUUGCCUUCUAUUAGUGAAAGUGUGGUGAGUAAUACAGUGUGUGAGGAUUCUAGUACCAUGCUUGAGGAGAAUGAUUAUUUGGGGUGUUAUAGGGCAGAGGCACCGAAGAGUUAUAUGACGAAAGGUUGGGAGAGUUAUAUUCAUUCUGAAGGCCAAAAGUUUGAGGGUGGGGUUGUUGAGUUUAGGGAUAAGCUGCGUAAGUAUGCUAUAGAAAUUGGCUUUUCAUAUGAGUUUGUUAGAAAUGACAAGGUUCGUGUUAUUGCUCAGUGUUCUAAGAAACAUUCUCAAGGCUGCAAUUGGCUGGUGAAGGCUUAUUUAUGUAGGGCUAAUGGUUUCUUUAUGAUUAAAAGGUUGGUUAAUGUUCACACUUGUCAUGGUGUGAUUCGUUUGCAGAAGAGUAAGAUGAUGGGAUCCAAGGUUGUCAAGUCUAUUGUGCUUGAUAAGAUUCGUGCCAAUCCAAACAAAAAGCCAAUUGAUAUAGCUGAUGAGAUCAAGAGUGAUUAUGGUUUGGAUGUUGCUUAUCGUACAGUUUGGUAUGGUACAGAGUUGGCAAAAACAGCCCUACAUGGUGAUGAAGCUGAGUCUUAUGCUCAGCUACUUUGGUUCAGUGAGUCUGUUAUGAAGUCAAACCCCGACUCUAGGAUAGUGGUUGAGUUUCAUCGAGAAACACACAGGUUUCAGCGUAUGUUUGUGAGCUAUGGUGCAUGGAUGAAGGGUUUUCAAUCUUGUAGACCUAUUCUUUUCAUUGAUGCUACAUUCAUCACCAACAAGUACAAGGGGCAGAUUAUUGCUGCAUCGGCAAAGGAUGCCAAUCAAGGCUUGUAUCCAGUUGCUUAUGCUAUUGUGGAUUCUGAAAAUGAGAGUAAUUGGAGAUUUUUUCUUGAGGUUUUGGCUGAAGAGUUUGCAAAACGCCCUAUGAGGAGGGUGAUAUUCAUUUCUGAUCGUCAUGUUGGGCUUAGUCUUCCUAUUCUUGAUAUUAAUGAUGGCAUUAGAGUGAAGUCCAUGGCUUCAAUUGCUUCUCGGAAGCAGGAUGCUCAUGAAUGGUUGUCUGAGUUGUGCCCAGUGAUUGAAAAGAAGCUGAAGGACAAUUUGGAAGUCGGAAGGCAUUGGAGAGUGAGCAGGUCUGAUACCUAUGUGUAUGAAGUUCACUGCCAGAAGUACAAUAGCAUGGUUCUUAAUAGUUACAUGUACAGUGACAUAACCAUUUGUAAACUAAUUGACUUGUCCAUUGACAUUAGUUUUUAG